AUAUAAAGGACAGUUCUGCCUUCUAGAGAAGAAUGCCUUUGACUUCACACUGCAGGAUCUGAGCAGUUUAAUGCUCUCUCACACAAAACAGAAGACACCAUGAGCUCCAUUCACUGCAGAGCUGCGACUCACAACACACUCUGCUGCCUGUGAGACUUAGACCAGUUUUGAUUUGUUUUGCACUGGAGGGCUAGAACUCUGUGUGUGUGUGUGUGUACGUGGGUGUGUGUGAAGAGGAACCACUCAUGCGAGCACAGGAGAACUGAGAGACUAACUGAGAAUUUGGUUGCAUGAUGGCCUCACAGGGUUCUUUGCUGAAGAGCGUUCUUUGCAGCUAAAGUCAUAUAUCUCAGUAUGGAAGCGCUCCGGACUGAAGCAAGGGAGAAGGCAAGGAUGAGAAAACUCUGACAAACGGACGACACAGGAAUCUAGCACUUGUACGGUCUUUAGACCAAAAUCGCUGACUGAUUUUUUUUUUUUUUUUACUGGAGCGCUGAAUGAUGAGUCUACUGGCUGUUCUGUGCGUGUUGUACAUCUGGAGUCCAGCACUGGGACAGGGAUUGACACCGAAUACCAUACCUCGGAAAACAGUGCCAAUUAGAAGUAAUAGAGGGCGUUUGUUUCAUGAGGAGGGUAUUUGGAACUACACCACUAUGCUUUUGAGAGAAGAUCUCAACGUGCUCAUCCUGGGUGCCAGGGAAGCCAUUUUUGCCCUAGAUCUGGAUGACAUUACAGUGAAGAAGGCCAUGGUGAAGUGGCAAGUCACAAAUAAGGAGCAAAAAGAAUGUUCCAAUAAGGGAAAAGAUGCUACGAAUGACUGCAAAAAUUAUAUCAGAGUUCUACAUAAAAGAAACGAUGACAAAAUGUAUGUUUGCGGAACCAAAGCGUUCACCCCAACCUGUGACUAUAUGUCCUAUGCAGGUAAUCUGACUUUAGAGGACAAGCAAGAAGAUGGGAAGGGAAAAUGUCCCUUUGAUCCUUCUCAGCGAUACACAUCAGAGAUGGUUGAUGGAGUAUUAUACUCUGCAACUUCAUUGAACUUCCGGGGUUCAGAGCCAGUUAUGAUGCGCAGCUCAGAGGAAUCGAUAAGGACAGAGUUUUCGAGCACCUGGCUCAAUGAACCAAAUUUUAUCCACAUGGCCCACAUACGAGAGGGAGAAUCGAACCCUGAAGGGGACGAUGACAAGAUCUAUCUGUUCUUCAGUGAGGCAGCAGUGGAAUAUGACUCGUACACAAAGGUGGACGUCUCUCGAGUAGCUCGCGUAUGCAAGGGAGACUUGGGUGGGUUGAGGACGCUGCAGAGGAAGUGGACGUCAUUCAAAAAAGCGAGGCUCAACUGUCCCGUUCCAAACAACAACCUGCCUCUUCUGGUGCAGGAUGUUUUCCACUUGUGCCCGGGUGAUUGGACCACCUGCAUGUUUUAUGCUGUCUUUACCCCACAAUUAGACUCCUCUCAAUACUCUGCAGUAUGUGCAUACAAAAUUGACGACAUCAAGACUGUGUUUUCAAAGGGUAAAUUUAAGGCUCCUGUUCCUGUCGAGACAUCAUUUGUAAAGUGGGUGAUGUACUCAGGUGAUGUCCCCAAUCCCCGACCUGGAGCAUGCAUUGAUAAUCAUGCCAGAGAAAUGGGUUUCAGCAAAUCUCUGGAGCUGCCAGACAAAACCUUGCAGUUUAUUAAAGACAAGCCUCUGAUGGACCAGGCCGUCGAGGCCAGUGGAGGGAAACCCCUGCUGUUUAAAAAAGGCGCUGCUUUUACUAGAAUUGUGGUGGCCACAGCGACUGCCUUGGACGAGACCACCCAUCAAGUCAUGUUCAUUGGCACAAAGAGCGGUUCAGUGCUGAAAGCUGUGAAUUAUGAUGGCGAGAUGAUUAUUAUGGAAGAGAUUCAGCUAUUUGAGCCCUCAGAAACUGUGAAGAUACUGCGACUUUCCAACACCAAGCUGUACGUGGGUUCGGAUGUGGGCGUGGUUCAGCUGUUAAUCAAUGAAUGUGGGCGGUACCACACAUGUGUGGACUGUGUUCUGGCCAGGGAUCCAUACUGUGGCUGGGACCUGAAUGUUGGCCAGUGCUCUACUAUAAACAGCACACACACAACCAGGACUGUGAUUCAGAGAUUGAGUAAUGGUGAUGCCAGCCAAUGUCCAAAAAUAGUUAACAGUAAGUCAGUCAGCAUGUCGUUUUUCCACGGCAAUACCGUGAAGCUGGAGUGCCAGCCUUAUUCCAACCUGGCACAGGUUCAGUGGCAGCUGAAUGGAGAACCGAUCAGUGCGUCAAACACCUUCCAGAUCCUCUCCGACAGCCUGAUGAUCGUCAACGCCUCCGCAGAUGCCGGCGGCCACUACACCUGCAGUUCUGUAGAGCGGCUUUUUAAAACCCAGCACAUAGCAUAUGAUCUAAAAAUGUGGUCAGCAUCCGGGACUACAGCAUUAUUCCAAGUUAAAGAAAAAGAAAACACACUGGUGGCUGUGGUGGUGGUGUUGUCGCUAAUUCUAGCUAUGCUAGUUAUUUGGAAUGUCUACAGAGGGCAUUUACCUUUGCCGUUUUGCCACAGGAGGGUACAGCACACGCGUGAGGAAAGUCGAAAUAUGAACCAGCCUCCAGAACAUAAACUGGCAUCACCAACAGUGAACUUGAACAGCAACAACAACCACAUGAACGACCAGAGGUUUUCCAGCUCUAGAGAAACGGACAGACUCUCAACCACUGUUGGUUCCUCAGGUCAGAUCUCACUGAAAUACAUAGACGAUGAAUCUGAGAUUUGAGAUCGUUUUUUUUUAUUUACACAGACUCGGUAAUGCGGCUAAUCGACAUUUACAGUAUAUGCCGACCAAGCCAAUUCGGGCUGGCUUCUCUUUUGCAGCUGUUAACUCUUGACUAAAAUGCUGUUUUGACCCACUUUACUUGAUGAAUCUUUACCUUCCUUUCUAAAUCCCACUGUCCAAUGGACAAAAAAGAGACAUUUUUGCAUAAGGUCUGUCUACAUUGCAGCUUACUUUGGCCAGGAAUAACCAAAGUACUUCACAAGGAUAGUCAAAUCACUUGGUGGCCCGUUUUGCAAUGCCACCGGGCAGCUAUUUCAGUCAUGCAAAACCAACUCCUAUCUACUUGAAUGGAGAAAUAGAGAAAACUGCUUGCCAAUAUUUCAAAUUUCUAACAUAAACUGCCUCCUAAAUGCCAUUUCAUUAAUUAAAAUAGUGUUAUAAUGUUACAUUAACAAAUGCUAAGUGCGAGUCUCAGAAUGCUGAGUGUUUCUGUGUGAACUGGAACAUCUUCAUUCUAAUGCAAUGACUUUACCAAUUGGCGAUCGGCUGUUUUAUUUCUAAGGCAUCACUUAGUAGUGCCAUCAUAUGAAGAGUUUAGAUGCAGAAGCCUCUAAGUCCGUCUGCCGUUUUUCUUUUAAAUUAGCAUUUCUUUCUGGCUACUAUGUAUAGGUUUCUAUGUAAGUACUGGUACUUCUAAAUGGGUUUAGGCUGGUAUUUAGCGCUUUUGAAGUGAAAGUACUUGAUGAAUAUAUACUGUGUGUGGAGAGCACACCACAGGAAGUGUGCAAGACAGUCUGAAAAAAAUGCAAAGUUUUCAGGGUAAAAAAAUUAAAAUUAAAUUAAAUGAAUUGGACAUAUAAUUUGGUGGUAAAACAUAAAGUGAUGCACAUUUUAUUGGUGCUGAGAUGAGUAUGUGUAUUUAGUAAAACAAUUAAUUACUUAAUAAGAAGCAGCACAACUACAAAAUUGUGCCAUCUGUUUUAGGAACUAAUGCAAGUUUAUUGUAAACAGAAAAGUAUCAAAAAUCAAAAUGUGUAAAUUGCAAUUUGACAGUGCUGUGUUUUAAGUGUGUCCUAUCUAGUUAUCAAAAGCUCUAUGUGCAUUUGUGGUCUUGACACCAAUUGAACAUGUAAGCCAAGUACAGGAAAUAAGUUGUUAGCCAUCAUCAAAGUAGGUAUUUGGUUCAAUGCAAAAACUGCAGUUAGGAAAUGACCGUCAUGGGUUUCUAUGUGGUUCAUAUAGAACGCAUCACAAGAGUAGGCCUUAAAGUCCCAUUCACUCCAAGAACGGUAACUAUGAAGACAAGUAUAACAAUAAAUAACCAUAUUAGCUUGCACACCAAUUGACAAUAAUGCUGUUUAUUAUAAGCACCUGAUGGACUUACAUUGUGACUUACGCUUGAAAGACUCGCUCAUUAAAUUAAAAUUAAUUCUCACUGGCGAUAUUGAGAUACCAACAUCAUUUCUCUGUAUUGUUAUUUUUAUAGCUGUGGAGUGGACUACCUUUUCUCUUACACCGUGUCUAUAUCGGACGCGAUGUGCUAUUGAAUAUGUUGUUCUGCUAAUUUAUGCUGUCUGAACCAUGGGGAAAAAACGUGUGGAAGCUGCUAAAUCAUAAAAGGACUUUGUAAGCAGGAAAGGGCGCAAUAUUUUGACAAACUAAAAUUAAUAGGUGGUAAAUUAUAAUAAAUUAGUAUAAAUUAAGAUAGUAGCCUAAUAUUUCACCUACCUGACUGGAAAUUAUAAGAACAAACAUGAAUGUUGUCAAGAUUCUUGCAUUGGAAAUCCUGGUUCAGGCCAACCACAAACGCCUUUUGUUUCUCAUGCAGUUUUUUUGCACUCUUCACCUUGAUUUGUUGUAACUUUUGGCAGGUCUAUAAUACUCCAAAUGUUUUUCCCAGUCCAACCAAUUAAUACAGCUCAAAACAUGACAAUAAUCAACCAUUUUCAGCAGCAAUAAUCAGCAAAAUAUGCAAGCUUCAUUUGGACCAGUGGCAUUGUUUACAUUCAGCACUGCCAAUAUGGCUAAUUGAUGACACGUCGUGAAAACCCUCUAUAUGGAAGCAAUGAGAAGAAUAACAGUGUAAUGGUGUGUUCAUAAUUAAAGGAGUCCACUUCCAAAACAAAGAUUCACAUAUAAUGUACUCACCCCCUUGUCAUCCAAGAUGUUCAUGUCUUUCUUUCUUCAGUCGUAAAGAAAUUAUGUUUUUGAGGAAAACAUUUCAGCAUUUUUCUCCAUAUAAUGGACUGAUAUGGUGCCCCGAUUUUGAACUUCCAAAAUGCAGU